CUCGGCAGUCGAAACCAUUCAACAGUUCGAAAAAGAUUGGAAAAAAGUGUCAAAACUUGUCGCCAAGAAGUCUGUACGGAAUUUAAUGAAGAACGUUCGCAAGAAGGUGCGCCAGCUAGUCUACAAUGGCUAAGUAGCAAAUGUUGAGAAUAAUAUUUUCUGUUGUUAUAGUCUAAUAUUAUCAGUAUAUCGAAUAAAAUUUGAAUAUCUAACACUUGUGAAUUAUUUACAGCGAAAUCAAAGUGCGUCCAUACUUUCUGGUACAGUCUUUAUGCCACUGAAAACAUCCUCUAUACGUCCAAAAAGUUACAGUUUGGUGUGAUGUUUGUCUCUAAUUUCUUCCAAGACGAUCGAGCCAUGAUAAAUGGUUUUGUGAUGCCCACCAUUGAUUGUGAAAAUAGUUUGAAUGGCUUUCAACAGAACGAUGCAACAUGUCAUACAGCUCGACUAACCAUCUAUUUGUUACGAGCAUUGUUCCCCAGGAUACGGAUACGAGUCAUAUCUAAAAAAGGGUGAAUUUGACUGCCUUAAGGACUGCUUUUUUUCGUUUCAUGGAAUAUACGGGAAAUAAAACUUGCGUCGAUUUUUCAAACAAACGGUAAUGAGAAAGACAUUGCUUGUCUACUAGGAGGAAUAAAAUGUCGUUUUGUUGUGUUCAGUCAUGAUUGUCGAUUUUUUUUCAUGAUUGUCAACUCUCAAUUGUUAAUUUUUAAUUCAUAAUUCAUGAAGCACGCUUCACGAUUCUAGAUAUUUCAUUCAUAGCUCAUUGUAUCAAGAUUUAUGGUUCUUAAUUCACGAUUCUCAGAUAUUUACUUUUAUGUAUCGAUUUUUCAUUAUCGAUUCCAAAAUUUUUGAUUUUUAAUGAGUCAACUUUUCAUUCCCGAACCACUCACUGCUAGAGGGAUCGAUCGCGUACUACUGCGAAUGCGAAUCUGAAAUAAUUACAUACUAUAGCACAAUCCAAUCGAUUUUUUACACGUCAGACUCAAAAUCACGAAUCGAACUCGGGUGUCCAAGUUGAGUCAUUCGUUGUCUGGAAUCCAAACAGGUUGGGUUACAUUUCAAUUCAGGAUCGUGACGAUGUCUAAUUUGAUUUUUCGGAUCAAGAGAUUGUUCCACCGUGCGGUUCGAGUGGUGGACGAUGAGCGGAACUUUUUCCUUCCGACGGAGUAUUGCCUGAUAGCUGGAGGUAAGUGGAAAAUUUCAUACUCAUUUGGCUGUGGUUCUCAACCAACUGUUUUCAGGAAUCCAAAAUUGGCUGAAAAAUCCUUUCUUCGUGGGACUUUUCCGCAUCUAUCAGACCAUGUUCGUCAUACUGUAUGGUAUUUGGCUUGAUCGGUUGUCGGUCGGGUUAACCGCGGGACACAUUUCGGCUCAGUUUUUUGCAACGAUGAAAUUUGUGUGCGGAUAUACGACACUGCUCUGUCAAGCUGGGAUUAUUCGGUGCUAUCAAAAUGAUUUGGCAACAGUGCGGAACUAUUUGAAAAGGUAUUUGGACAGCGAUCAUAAUGAACAACGCAGAGAUUCGUACGAUUUGAUUCGGAAGUUUACUUUCUUCAUGAGCAUGGUUCACCUGAGCUGUGACACCGGAGUCUUUCUGUUGGGACUAUACAAGAAUCCGAUACCGAAGAAUUUGAUGGGAAUAUGCUGGUGGAUAGAUUUGCUUUUAAACGGUACGAAUGUCCUAUGCAACCUGUUGAUAUCGGCAAUGUUCGUUUCCGUGGUUACCAUCAUCAACAACUACAUGAUAGCGUUUCAGACCGAAUUGAAGAACAUUGCCGCUGAACUGGCAACCAUUUUUGAUCGCGUCGAUCGAGAUGUUGAAGCGGCGGUCGAUCGUUACGAGGCACGAUUGAAGCGGCAUCCGAACAAAAUUGAGUUGUUCAAAGAGUUGCAAUUUUUGACCGGUCUGCAGCGAGAAUUGCGGACCAUUGCCGAAAGACACAGCGUCCUGUUGAAUUACCUGGAACAGCUGAGAACCUUCUUCAGUUCGAUCUUCUUCUGUUUGUUCUACGGAGAACUGAUGACCAUGGGAAGUGCGCUGUUCGUCAUCCGAACUCAGACAAUAAACCUCAGUUCGGGGCUUCUGACUGGCUUUGCUUUCUGCGUUUUGUUCGAGUGCUACUGGUUCUGUCGAAUGACGGACGAUUUGAACGAUGCGAACGAAAACGUCGGUGACACCCUGUACGAUCUGGGCUGGCAUACGCGUUUGCGCUAUCGGGUGGAACGUCAGCGAGACUAUCGGGAGAUUCGCCAGUCGAUGCUGAUCGUGAUGAUCAGUGCUCAGAGCGAUUUGCGCAUCAGCUGCGGAGGGUUUUUCAACAUGGCGGCUACGGCUUUCGCCGAAUUCAUGAAUCUACUUUAUGAUAUCGUGUUAUUUUUGUUGAGCGUAGUUUCGUAAGGCGGUUAAUGUGUUAACAUUCGUAGAGUAUAUUUAAGCAGUUGAUGUUCACAGUCGUAUUUAUUCCAGCACUAGUAGGAAUGUCAGAAACGGCAAAAAGUAGAUCACACAAACAUUGUUAAAUGAUUAUAAGUGUCUUAAAUUAAGAAGCAAAUAGAUUUCAUUUCCUUCUCUUUCUCUCUUCCUUCGAGACUCAAAUCUUUGUCUUUAUAUCCUUUCUAGUGUAUUGGAAUAAACGGUGUGCACGAAAAAAAUGGCACUCCGAAGCCUGACCUUUGAAUCGUAUGAUUGAAGUCUGUUUUAAUCAUGAACAUGAACUUAGGUGAACAAUGUGUUGCUAAUUAGUUGCGAUUUAGUGACGGCGGGUUUAAAUUUAUUUCACCUCUGCUAGAUAGGCAUCUAAUUAGGCAAUAAUUUGUUGCUAACUAGUUGCAAAUUAGUUACGGUGGUUUUCAAUUUGUUACUCAAAUUUUUCGGUUGAAUGCUUUUCUAUGUUCAUAUGAAGUGAACAGAACAUCCCUGCUUAAUACGUUUGAAAAAAAAAGCGGGUGGGUAAUGUCAGAGAUAUAACUGGAUGUCGUGAAUACGAGAAAACUGGGACACUCCCAUCACUUUUCCGAAUAUCAGUUAGUUGAUUGAUUGUAUGAAUUGUGCAAGCUUUCCCCUUUGUCACUAAUAGAGUUUGAAGCGAUGCACCUACAAUUAAAGUACAGAUUAGUUACAUUGAACAGCUACUAUUCUACAACUAUAUAUUCCAAACUUGAAACAAUUCCUUUUUAAUUUGCUAAUAUGGGAGGCUAGGUAUGACAAAUUUGUAGUUUAUUUUUAUUGAAGCUAUGAAGUUCGAAGAUAUCUGAUUCUUCUUGAAAUUUCAGUACGAGACAAUUGCAAUGGCCUGGUCUGAAAUGUAUCGACGAUCUUCGGAAUGCAAGAGUAAUUUUAAUAAUAAUAAUAAUAACAUUAAUAAUAAUUAUAAUUAUUAUAAAGAUUAAUCUGUAUAUAUGGCAACCCUGUUUCGCAUGGCAUAUUUUCACACGACCCCAUACUAGUAUAAAGAUGUAUUCAACAUCGGCACUUCCACUUUCGCAUUGCCGUUCGUAAUUGAAUGUGUUAGUGACGGUGCAAAUUAGUUCCAUCUUGAUGAAUCUUUUGGUAGGAAAUAUUGAG